AUGGCGUCUAAUCGAUUGCACUGGUUCUGUCUUUUCUUUUACGAAAAAUUCGUGUAGUAUUUACCAUUUAAAAGCGUUGUGAGUGUUUGUCAAUUGUGAGGACGAGUGCUGGGUCCCGCCGUUUCCGAGAGCGAACCGCAGCAACCAACGUACAAGAGUGUCCAGAUUGCGGAUAAGAUUGAAGAAGGAGGAGGAGGAGCAGAGCGAGGAGCCGAGUGCAAAAACAACGGGCAGCAGGCAGCGCCAAGAAAAUGCAUUUGUAACUCACACACUCUCCCGUAAACACACACAAGCAUACCACACAGACGCGGGCUGCAGCAAGGACUGGCCAGGAGGAAACCACCUCAUCAUCAGCAGCAGCAGCCACACCAUCACCAUCUUCGCCAGGUGGAGCAGGGGCAAGAAGAGGCGGCGGAGGAGGAGGAGGAGCGAAGGCGGCAGCGGAAGCAGCAGCAGCAACUACAAAUGGCACUGGUGACGGUGCAGCGCUCUCCCAGUGUGGCUGGCUCCUGCUCGAAUUCGGAUGGCGAGGCCGAGGACGACGAGGGCAAUAGCAAAAGCAACGUGGAGCGGAGCGAGUGCUUUUUCGCAGGCAAGGGCACCGCCCUGGUCUUGGCCCUCAAGGACAUCCCGCCCCAGCAGCACAGUGAACGGAGACUGAGCACAGACUCAACACGUUCCAGCAACAGCACGCAGAGCAAUAACUCAGACAUCCAGCUACACCUGCAGUCCAUGUUCUUUCUGCUGCAGCGCGAGGACACGCUCAAGAUGGCUGUCAAGCUGGAGUCGCAGCGGUCCAACCGUACGCGCUACCUGGUGAUCGCCUCGAGGAGCUGCUGUCGAUCCUCCACCAGCGAACGAAGGCGCCACCGGAUUAUGCGUCACAACUCGGCCAAGGUCAGCGGGUCCUCGGCCCCGUCAUCCUCAACCCAGCGCCAGCUAUCAGAGGAGCAGGCCCCGGCCCCAGCAGCCAGUAAAUGUGAUAGGUCAGCGGACAAGGAGAAUUUGACAGCAACAGCGACAGCGGCCGGCGAUAACAACAAGAAUACCUCGGGCAUGGAGGAGUCCUGCCUGUUGGGCAUUGACUGCAACGAGCGGACUACCAUUGGCCUUGUGGUGCCCAUUCUAGCAGACACAACUAUCCACUUGGAUGGCGACGGUGGCUUCAGUGUCAACGUGUAUGAGAAGACGCAUAUCUUCAAGCCAGUUUCUGUACAGGCCAUGUGGUCAGCGCUGCAGACGUUGCACAAAGUUUCGAAGAAGGCUCGUGAGAACAACUUCUAUGCCAGCGGUCCCUCUCAUGAUUGGCUGUCUAGCUAUGAGAGUCGCAUCGAGUCGGAUCAAUCCUGUCUGAACGAGUGGAAUGCCAUGGAUGCGCUAGAAAGCCGCCGCCCCCCCUCGCCAGAUGCCAUACGAAACAAACCCCCCGAGAAGGAGGAGACCGAGAGUGUAAUCAAGAUGAAGCUAAAGGCCAUCAUGAUGUCAGUGGACCUGGACGAGGUCACCUCCAAGUAUAUUCGCGGACGCCUCGAAGAGAUCCUGGACAUGGACCUGGGCGAAUAUAAAUCGUUCAUCGACACCGAAAUGCUCGUUAUUCUCGGUCAAAUGGAUGCGCCAACUAAAAUCUUUGAGCACGUCUACCUGGGCUCUGAGUGGAACGCCAGCAACUUGGAAGAACUUCAAAAGAAUGGCGUUCGGCACAUUCUGAAUGUAACCCGGGAGAUUGACAACUUUUUUCCGGGAACCUUUGAGUAUUUCAACGUGCGCGUUUAUGACGAUGAGAAGACCAACUUGCUUAAGUACUGGGACGACACGUUCCGCUACAUUUCGCGGGCGAAGGCCGAGGGCUCCAAGGUGCUAGUACACUGCAAAAUGGGCGUCAGUCGGUCCGCCUCGGUCGUGAUCGCAUACGCGAUGAAGGCUUACCAGUGGGAGUUCCAGCAGGCCCUGGAGCACGUGAAGAAACGACGUAGCUGCAUCAAGCCGAACAAAAACUUCUUGAACCAACUAGAGACCUACAGCGGUAUGCUGGACGCCAUGAAGAACAAGGAGAAACUGCAACGCAGCAAGAGCGAGACGAACUUAAAGAGCACAAAGGACGCGCGCCUGCUGCCUGGCAGCGAGCCGACGCCUCUCAUCCAGGCCCUCAACCAGGCCAAGUCCAAGUCCACUGGGGAGGCCGGGGUAACGCCUGAUGGCGAGGAAGAGGAGCAGCGGUUACACCGGCGUUCGAGUGCUCAAAAAUCACAGCGCCGAAUGGUUCGGCGAUCCAGCAGCACCUCGCCCAAGACCCAGACAGCGGUGGUCACCAAGCAGCAGAGCCAGUCCAUGGAGAACCUUACGCCCGAGCGCAGUGUGGCCGAGGAGCCAAAGAACAUGCGAUUCCCGGGCAGCAACGGUGAGAACUACAGCGUCACACAGAACCAGGUACUGCACAUACAGAAGCACACGCCUCUGUCUGUGCGCACGCGGGUUCACGAUCUCGAGGCGCACACCUCGGACCAGCCUCCGCAACAAUCCCAGCCCGUCUGGACCUCGCUUACCAAACUGAUCACGCAGACAUCCCACCUCGCAGGAAGUGGGAACAGCAGUGCGGGUGUGAGCGGGGGUAUCUCACCGCGUCGCGACUCCAGCUCCUCGGAUGUAUUUUCCUCUCAGGUGGACAGCGUUUUCGCCAAGGAGGAAGUCGAGAAGCGACAACGUCGCAAAACGCACUCGUGGACUGAGUCCUUCGGACCUAGUGGCGGUAUCGUUUUGGAUCCAACCCCUCAGCAGCAGCAUACCAAUGCCAUUCUGCUUCGACCGCGGGGCCAACGUCAACGGGAACCACCCUUCAGGCAUGCCAGCUGGGGUUCUGGCGACAACAGGAGCAGUUUACCCGUGAGGACCAGCUCGUGCUCAUACUACGACAGCAACCGUAACACGACGGCUAUCUUUGAGGGAGAGAUCCAGGAUCUAAAGCGCAGCAGUAACUUCAAUGUCAGCGAUGGAGUCGCAGUGGCAGCGUCCACAGGGGUCGUAGCUGGUGAGGGCACCGUAAAGCGCACCAAGCAGAAGCUAGAGGAGAGCACUGCGCUUAAGAAGCGCUGCCAGGAGGACAGCCAGGAGCUACUGCUCGAGGCGGUAGAUGGCCAUCAGAAGCGGUGUCCGAGUCUAUACCGAAGUGCCUCGUCCGCUCACAGUCCCCGACAGCGUCAGCCACUGCGCUGCAACAGUGAGGAGCUAAUGCACACCAGCGACAUCGAGAACAAAAAUACCACGCCCGGCGACCAGGAAGUGACGGUGGUGCUACGCGGCCAGACUCAAGCGGUGGGAGAAGAUCAGCGCAUCUCGGGAAAUGUGCAAAUACUCAAGCAGAACUUUGAAGCCAAAGCAGGAGCGAUAGGCGUUGGAGGAGGAGGAGGAAAUAUUGCAUCUGGGACUGCAUCCGGAAGCAGUUCGGUCCUCGUAGCAUCGGGCUCCGGGGCCAGUUCUGUGGGUUUGGGCAAAAAGACAACCAGCCACCAAUCACUGCCCUCCUCGCCAGUGGCACAACAUGCGAACCAUGUAAAUGCCUCCUCGAACUCCAACUCCAACUCAUCCGCGUCCAACUCGUCCGAUUCCAGCGUAAGCGAAAAUUGUGAUCGUAAUGUAAAAGGUCUAGUGCAUAAAUAUCAAACCACAACUUCCUGCAGUAGCCAGGCGGCGGCCCCACCAACAGUAGCCGUUGCGUCCGUCACCUCCGCCCCACUGCCGCCCGCAGGCACCAGCAAUGCGAGCAACAUGCUCAGCAGCAACACAAUUACCACCACCACUAGCUUCAAGCAACGCCCGCGCUCCUACUACGAUCGAUCUCUGUCGAACAGGUCAACGCACGAUUAUAGCGAGAAUCGCCCGCCUCCCGCACCUGCUCGCCACAGUCACAGUCAGCACAGCAGCAGCAACAGACAACAGCAGCAGCCAGAACAGCAGCAGGUUCAGAUCCGUCGACUGGCACAGCACGGCAAGACGCAUCCGCUGAGCAGGCUAAGUGCUCCCAAAACGAGCUUCAACACCGCAGCCUACAACACCAUGUAAAGGCAACGCUCUGCUUAAGAACAUCAACUACAACCAGCAAUCCAUACCCCAUUAGCCACUAAGGAAACGUCGUCAUCGUCACCAUUCAAUCGCCCGCUUUACGUAUUUAUAUAUUUGCCUGCUUUUGUCCAUCUUGUGUUUCUGUCCAACAAUUAAACACCACACCAUCACCAA